UGCUUAGGAAGGGAGGAGGCGGCGCUGGGAGCCGGGACUCGGCGGGCGGCGAGGAGCGCGGAGCCGGAGCCAGAGCCGAAGCCGGAGCCGGACGCCGCCGCCGCAGCCACCUGCGCGGCAGUCAUCAAGAUGUCAUGGCACCCCCAGUACCGGAGCUCCAAGUUCCGCCAUGUCUUUGGCAAACCAGCCAGCAAGGAGAACUGCUACGACUCCGUGCCCAUCACCCGCAGCGUCCACGACAAUCAUUUCUGUGCUGUGAACCCCCACUUCAUUGCAGUCGUGACUGAGUGUGCUGGUGGGGGGGCCUUCCUCGUCAUCCCCUUGCACCAGACGGGAAAGUUGGACCCCCACUACCCAAAGGUCUGCGGGCACAGAGGGAACGUCUUAGACGUCAAAUGGAACCCUUUCAAUGAUUUUGAGAUCGCCUCCUGUUCUGAAGAUGCCACGAUUAAAAUCUGGGACAUCCCCAAGCAGCUGCUGGCAAAGAACCUCACAGUCUGCAAGAAGGAGCUGGUGGGCCACGCCCGCAGAGUGGGCCUGGUGGAGUGGCACCCCACAGCCGCCAGUAUCCUCUUCAGCUCCGGCUAUGACUACAAGGUGAUGGUCUGGAACCUGGAUACAAAGGAGGCUGUAAUCAUGAGCCCCGUGAAGACAAUUAACUGUCACCAAGACGUGAUCCUCUCCAUGUCCUUCAACACCAACGGCAGCCUGCUGGCCACUACCUGUAAAGACCGCAAGAUUCGGGUUCUCGACCCCCGAGCAGGGGCCGUCCUCCAGGAAGCCAGCUAUAAGGGGCACCGGGCCAACAAAGUGCUAUUUCUGGGGAACCUGAAGAAGCUGCUGUCCACGGGCACAUCCCGAUGGAACAACCGGCAGAUGGCCCUGUGGGACCAGGAUGACCUCUCUGUGCCUCUCGCAGAGGAGGACCUCGAUGGCUCCUCAGGCGUGCUGUUUCCGUUCUAUGACUCGGACACCAACAUGCUCUACGUGGUGGGGAAGGGAGACGGGAACAUCCGCUACUAUGAGGUCAGCACCGACAAACCUCACCUGAACUACCUGACCGAGUACCGCUCCUAUAAUCCACAGAAGGGGAUCGGUGUUAUGCCAAAGAGAGGUCUCGACGUGUCCUCCUGUGAGAUCUUCCGCUUCUACAAGCUGAUUACAACCAAAAGCCUCAUUGAGCCCAUAUCCAUGAUUGUACCCCGGCGGUCGGAAUCCUACCAAGAGGACAUCUACCCGCCCACGGCAGGUGCCCAGCCGUCUCUGACGGCCCAGGAGUGGCUCAGUGGGAUGAAUAAAGGGCCAGUCCUGAUGUCCCUUAGGCCUGGCUCCGAGCUGCUGAGCCCCCAGCCUCUGCCCCCAGAGAGACCCCCCUCCAAGCCCAGGCCCCACACCUCGCCUCGCCUCUUCAACCAGACAGAAAAGCUGGCUGCAGAAGAUGGAAGGAGGCCCCUCUCCCUGCUGGAGGAGAGGGCGCCACGGUGGGUGGCAGAACACAGACUGGAGGAGAAGAAAACUUGGUUCACAAAUGGCUUUGACAUCUUCGAAUGUCCCCCACCAAAGACAGAGAACGAGCUGCUGCAGAUGUUCUAUCGGCAACAAGAUGAGAUCCGAAGGCUCCGGGAGCUGGUGACCCAGCGUGAGGUCCAGGCCAAACAAUUGGAACUGGAGAUCAAAAACUUGCGGAUGGGCUCAGAGAGGCUCUGAGCAGGGUCCUCUGCCCUCCUCGCCCUCAGGGACACCACUCGGCUCAUGGGGAGGUCCGGAACCAAACCACAGGUCCCCCGAGAACAGCCACUAUUUCUGUAUUUUUUUACCAGAGAUGAAACUCUUGGUUGCGGAAAGAUUCCAGUGGGACCUGGUGCCGAUUUUCUAUUUGCCUUCUUGAAACAACAGUGUCUGAAUUGACUCUUUUUAGAUGAUACCUUGCCUUCUGUUUAAUUGUUUUGAAGGGUCCACGGCAACUUCUCAAGGGGAAGAACAUUGUAGAAAGUUAGAGCUGGAAGGUCCUAGGAGGUGAACCUUCCUGUGGUUUUCAAACUGUGGUCCAUAGCAAGGGGGGAAGGCUAAGUCAGGAGGGCUGUGCCCCCCCCGCCUCCAUUCCUACCAGUCAGCUCCCCUUCUUUCUGUUUUAUAUAUUAGCUUCUAUGGAAUACAUAAUUCUGCUACUAAAAAAAUAUUAGAAGUUUGAAAACCAGUGACGUGGCCCAACUUCCUUAUUUUACAGGUGAAGAAACUGAGGCCCAGAGAGAGGCAAGUAAUCAAGGUCCCCAGAGAGUUCAUGGCCGGGCUGGGCUGAGCUCCUGGUCUCCUGGAUCUGCCUUUCUGCGGUUUAUGAUGCAGCAGAUGUGCAGUUCUCAGCCCACAAGGCAGGAAUCCGUUGGUUCUGGCCUCAGCUGUGCCCCUGAGUUGCUCAGUGACCUCUUGCAAAUCAUUACCUCUCUGGUCUCACUUUCUCCAUCUGAACAAGGGGGACCCUGGAAUGCGCUGCCCUCUAUAGGAUCUGCCACCUGAGAUAAGAAACCUUGGCCUUGACCUAAGGAAAACUACUUGUAGGGUGAUGAUCUGGGUUUGCUGCAGGAACUCCAAAGACGUUGACAAAGAGGCAGAGGAAGUUUAACUUCAGGGAAGUAAGUCAGGGUUCAGCCUAAUUGUAGAACACAGACGGGAGGCCAUCCUCUCUCUCUUCAACCAGAAUCAGCUGAAUAUGGGUAGACACUAUCCCUUAUGUGGGGAUGCAGACAGCAGAGUGGUGCCCAUGGCUACUGACUGCCACCACCAAAGCCCUGAGGUCGCAGAGCCUGCCUCCUCCAGGAUGAUGUAGGCAGAUUUCAGCCCAAAGUAAUAGAAGAGGUCCCCAGGAGGUAGGGAGACCCAGCCUGGAAGUGUGCCGGCAGAGCCCCAUGGCUGCCCAGCCAUGAGGGUUUCUGGAGAAGGAUGACUGUACUAGGCAAGGAAGCGGGACCAGAUGGCUCUGACUUCCCUUCCAGCCUGAGAGUUUUUCUGUGUCCCUCCUUUGUGAAUCUGUAUUCUGAGCCCUUUCUCUAAGGUUCUCUCCUUCUCAGUGGUCAGUACAACAACCCAGCUAGAGACGGGGAAUGUUGGAAGUUAAAUGUGCCCCUCUUUACCAAGGCUAUGCAGACGAUGAGUUUUUCCAUUGCACAGGGCGAUCCUGGAGCUAAGAUGGGAACUGCAGGAGGCCACCUAGCCUGCUAGGUUUCAACCCAGGCUAGAAUCCCCUUAGAAUCCCCUUAGAAUCCCCUUGGGAGCCUUCAGGAAAUACAGAUACCCAGGUCCAACCUCAGACCAACUGGAGCCGAAUCUCCAGAGUAGGGCCUGACCUUGUGUAUGUUUUUAUAAGUUCCCAGGUAAUUCUGCAAUACGGAGAGGACAGAGACCCGCUGGGCUAGUCUCUCUGUACCUAUUUGCAGUAAAGAUGAGGACAGUGAGUGCAGACAGGAUCUGGGACUUCAACCCUGUCUUCUAAGUCCAUGCUAGAAACUCCUAAAAAAAGUCAAGAAGCAUUGUCCUGGGUGUCUCUGGGACCCUGACUGCAGCACAGUGAGGGCUCUGUGCUCCCGACUGCCCCCUCCCCGAGCCAUGGCUGCGUCCCCUUGUUUGCCCCCACACACCAGGUGCCCAUGUUCCUUGUUGGGUUUACUCAGUCACUGGGGCCUGCCAAGCUUGCCAAAGGCCAAAUCCCAGGCAUUGUCAGGGGAGCAGAGCUCCACUGGAUGGGGUUACCUUUCCCACCUCAUUUGCGGCCAGCAUGUCACAGUUUACAAAGCACUCCCACCCUCAAUCACUGACACAUUCUACUCUAAUACGGGUCAGCUAGGUGUUAUUAUCCCCAAGUUCAGAAGAGAAGACCUAACCUCAGAGAAUGAAGAAUCAUCAAGCCCAAAAGGCACUGGCUGCAAGGCAUGGAGGUGGGGCCAGUCUGGAGAGCUUCCCACAUGCCUCCUCGACACAGAGACAUCCCUUCCUUCUCAAGCUUUCCCCACCCCUGAGGGACCCAGACCUCGUGCUUAAAAACAAUACGAAGGCAUCCAUGAACAAACUUCUUUUUCCUUCUUUUUUUUUUUUUUACAUCUACAAUAAAUUAUUUAAAUUAUUUCACAGCAAGGGAGAGGGAUAGGUAAUUUUUAUCAGAUAUUUUUUUAAGACAUUUUUUAAAAUUACAUUUUUGUUCUUGACUGAUGAAGUGGAACUCGCCCAGCAUUUGCAGGGCCCUCAAGCUCAGGGCAAGCGGAAUGUGUACUCAUCUCCUUACUCCAUACCCUAGGAACCCCCUGACUGUUGACUCAGGAACUUUCUGAGAAUGAAGACAGCACUGGGAGAUGAGAUUUGGGGUGUAUCCACCUUAGCUCUACAGUCAUUGAGAUUGUAUCAUAGAGGGAAGCAGGAAGUCAGAAAUCAAUCUAUGCUUUUAAUAUGAAACCGUGCCUGAAACAGUUUGAUUGUUUUAAUAUUGUUUCUGAAAUUCCUUGUACCUUUGUAAAAAAAAAAAAAGUGAAAAUAAAUAGAUGUGGAAUAGUGCAAUGGAAAGAAUGGAACAAAAUAAUAAACAACAUCUUCCUAGACA